AGGAAAUCCCUGAAGUUGUGAAUGCUGUGUCCUGGCCAAGAGUGAUUGUGCAAGAGAGAAAAGAGGUCGGCUUCAUAAGCAGAGUGUUGCUAUAUAUAGCACACCUGUGAGCAGUCAUCAUAGGCAGUGAGCUCCACUCAGACCUCAGCAGAAUAGAGAGCACAAGCAGGAUGAAGCUUUCCAUUGGACUCAUUUUCUGCCUUCUGGUCCUGGGUGUUGAUGGCCAUGCCAAAGGAGAACGAAGCAUUUUCUCAUUCCUCAAGGAAGCUGGUCAAGGGACUAGCGACAUGUUGCGAGCCUACUUCGACAUGAGAGAAGCCAAUUAUAUAGGUGCAGACAAAUACUUCCAUGCGCGGGGGAACUAUGAUGCUGCCCAAAGGGGGCCUGGAGGUGUCUGGGCUGCCAAAGUGCUCAGUGAUGCCAGGGAGCGAUUUCAGAGCCUCAUGGGCCGAGGAGAUGAGGACACAGCGGCUGACCAGUAUGCCAAUGAAUGGGGCCGGAGUGGCAAAGACCCCAAUCACUUCCGACCCGAUGGUCUGCCUAGCAAGUACUGAGCUUCUUCCUCAUUCUGCUCUCAAGAAAAUCCAGCUGUGAACCCUUGAGGCAGGGACAUUUGCUGAACUAGUUUCUUAAUUUGAUAGUCCCAGUACUUAGCAUGGAACACAUAAAGAUGUUUAAUAAAUGCUUGUGAAAUCCAA